UUGUUUUUUGUUUAUUGUGUUUUUUUAAUUCGACAAAAAAAAAUAGAAAAUGAAAAAAAUAAAAAAAUUCUUAUCAACAAAUACGACUAUCGAUGGUCCAAGAUUCGAAUCGAUUGUCCGAUCCAUACGUCAUGUAUUAUUAUUCAUUGUAUUUUUAUCAUCAUUAUCAUUAUCAAUAUUGAAUACAGUUGAUUGUCAACAAGAUGCAAAGAUAAAAGUAGAAAUAUUCUACGAAACGGCCAAUCAUAAUGUACAGAAAUUUAUGGCACAACAAUUUCGUCCAAUGAUUGAAUAUAUAAAUCUAACAAAUAUCCAUCUGGAACUUUAUCCAUAUGGACAAACUGUUGAACAAAACGGUACAUAUGAAUGUCCAUAUGGUGAUAUUCAAUGUUUAGCCAAUAAAUAUCAGGCCUGUGUAAUCGAAAAGAGACACCAAUGGAACUUUUAUCAUCACGGAUAUUCAAACGGCAAGAUUUGUUUCUUGUUUUUUUAAAAAUAGAAAAUCUCUAUCCAAACCUGCAGAAUUGGCGGAAAAUUGUAUUAAAAACAGUGAUGAUGAUUGGAUGACGAUUAAAGAAUGUGUCGGUAAAGAUAAAAUCAAUGAAAUAAUGGCCAAUAAAACAGAAAAAGCAAAAAAGAUUUUGAGAAAGGUUUGGCGAUUUUCAUUAAUGAUAAACAUGAUCCAGAAGCAAGAAAAGAUUUCAUCAAACA